AACAUGUUACCAUGGGCGGGAACAACGUUCACACAGCUGCUGGAAACAUGUUACCAUGGGCGGGAACAACGUUCACACAGCUGCUGGAAACAUGUUACCAUGGGCGGGAACAACGUUCACACAGCUGCUGGAAACAUGUUACCAUGGGCGGGAACAACGUUCACACAGCUAGGAAUAAGUGAGAAGAAAAGCGAACGAAAGGAAACGAGAGGAAAAGUCUCCAUUAGACUUUCACAAAUUUGGCACUCAAUUAACUGCUGGAUAAUUACCUUCUGGUAUCUACCUAAAUGCGUAGCUGUCUGUUCAGCCCACUGCCCCAUUUCUGUAUCCACCUGUUCAAGAACUCGAUAGUAAUGGCGAGUUAAGACUCAAAACCCAGACCGCUCGCCCAGAUGCCAGGGAUGCUGUCAAUUGAAAUGAGGAAACCCAUCUAGUUCUAUCACGAACACGUCCAUACAUGUGCAAUUAUGUAUCACUAGAUUGCACCAUCAAUGAAGAGGAAACCGAUGGAAGCUUGCCGUCUAACAAGUACAGUAAAACGAGUAAUGUAUUGACUGCCAACGAUCGCCGGAUAACGAGAUGUCUAUCCGAUACACGACGGGCCCACGAGAGGGAGCCACGUGUAGCUGCCCCCGAUCCGUAUCAGUUAGUGAGAGGGGACUUGCAUGCCUUGUACUCUGACAUACAAACGGAGCUGGGCACAGAGCAUGAUGAACUGCAUCAGCUAGCAAAUUAUUAUCUCCUAGGAGAAGGAAAGGCAUUUCGACCGAUGAUUGCAUGUCUCAUGGCAACAGCGUGCAAUAUCCACACAGGGACAUCAGAUAGUUGUCUCGCUAGUCAGCGAUGCAUCGCGAUGAUAGCGGAGAUGAUUCACUCGGCCAGCCUCGUUCACGACGACGUCAUCGACCGAGCCGACAAGCGACGUAGCAAGCCUAGUAUCAACAAACUGUGGGGCCAGCGCAAGGCUGUCCUCACGGGAGACUUCAUCCUAUCGCAGGCAUCCAUAGCUCUCGCUAGGAUCGGAAACGAACAAGUGGUGAUCUUGUUAUCUCAGGUACUCGAAGAUCUGGUGAAAGGGGAAUUCAUGCAGCUAGGCACGAAGGAGAAUGAAAAUCAGCGAUUUGCGCACUACCUAGACAAGACUUACAAGAAGACAGCAAGCUUGAUAGCAAACAGUUGCAGAGCUGUAGCCGUACUGAGCGAUGCACAUGAGGAUGUGCAGGAAGUUGCUUAUCAAUAUGGCAGAAAUCUCGGCAUCGCAUUUCAGGUCAGUUCUAGCAGCGUUGUCUAAUUGUGAAUGUGUGCUGAAGACAGCAUCUUCUAAUGUCAGUGUCUGCUGAUGACAGCAUCUUCUACGGUCAGUGUGUG